AUCAGUGCUUAGAAUGAUUAAUGUUGACAAUGCCAGGAAGUUUAUUUGAUUACCCCUCAAAUAUGAUGUGCUGCUUGUAUCGGAGCGCUAUGAUUACAGCCAAGAUAUGCAUCAAGCCAGUGUACACAGGUAUGAGCAGUGAAAGGGUGCAGAGGUCCCACCGUGACCUGUACAAGGCCAGGACACCCCCAUGGAAGGAGACAUACAGGAAGCGUUGCCUGGAGCGUCUGCGUGAGAGCCGCGGGAAGCUACAAGACCGGUUUCGUAAGCUGCCAGCCAUGAAGGACAACGAUAUUUUCAUCGAGGAUCUCAUGCGCCAGGAGUGGGAAUGCAUGCGACGUGAACGUGCAGACACACAACUCGACAUAGAGAGUGGUGCUGGACUGGAGGGGACAGAUAUCAACCAGGUGCUGGACAUGUUUGAGGACAUCCAAGCAGAACUCCGACACGAAGCUGAAAUUUUCGUCCAACACUGUGGACAUCAUCAGAGCAACUGGCCUGACUAUCGCUCACUCGCAGCUCUGACACUCGGGACUUCCGAGACUGAGGGGGCAGUUAUGAACCGGGACGAGGGGGCCUUCCUUUCUGGGAUUUACAACCCACUUUUCGCCGGAUUACGGAAAUUCGGCGGGAAGUCCCGAGUGUCAGAGCUGCGAGUGAGCGAUAGUCAGGCCAGUUGCUCUGAUGAUGUCCACAGUGUUGGACGAAAAUUUCAGCUUUAA